AUGGGGGCCGACGGCAGUAAAAACAGGAAGAGGCCCACUGAAGGGCAGGAGAAUGAGCACUUCUCAUCUGGAUGGCGUGGUUUCCUCUCCAGUGUGGGUCUGUCUAUCCCAGCAGGCCUCUGUCGCCUGGCCCCGCCUGCCCUGCGUCUUGGCCAGCGUCGAAUGCUCCAAGGCAAGUCUCCCGACAUCCCUGAGCACGUCCUGAGGUUGGCGGGAGUCGGCCCAGACAAGCUGAGAGCCGAGUGGAGCCUGCCGGGGUUCAUUACCAUGUUCCUGCCCGAAUUCCCCCACAGAACUGUGCCUGGGCACGAACACUUUCAGGUGUUGGGUUACAUCGCCAAAGGUUCUUUUGGACCCAUUCUGAAGGUGAAAGACAAGGCCAAACAGAAAACAUAUGCUGUCAAAGUUAUACCGAAAUCAGAGAUUCUGAGACUUGGGGUCUUGGAGCAGUCGAAAGAAGAAGUUAUAGUCCAGCGUCAGGUUCGCCACCCAUUUGUCCAUGACCUCCAGGACUGCUGGCAGACACAGCGCCACCUCUACAUUAUGUGUGACUACUGCAGCACAGGAGACCUGUACACUUAUUGGCAGAUGAGUGGUCAGUUCAAAGAGGACACAGUACGAGUGUUUGCAGCAGAGUUGGGAUGUGCGCUUGGCUUUCUGCAUGACAUCGGGAUCAUCCACAGAGAUGUGAAGAUGGAGAAUAUCUUGCUGACAGACAAUGGACACCUCCGCUUAGCUGACUUUGGUUUGUCCCGUCGCCUGGAGAGAGGAGGACGAGCCUUCACCAUUUGUGGAACAAUCCAAUAUAUGGCCCCAGAGGUUCUGAGUGGCGGACCCUAUAACCAUGCAGCUGAUUGGUGGUCACUGGGAAUUCUGCUUUUCUCAUUGGUUACUGGGAAGUUCCCUGUGCCUCCAGAACCAGACCACUGCAGCAUGCUGAGGAAAGUGAGGGGUUUUCCCUAUGAAAUGCCACUUAGCUUCAGCCCCCCAUUUGCCUUGCUAAUAACUGAGCUUUUGUGCAAGACUCCUUCCCGCCGCCUGAGGACCCUCGAUCGUUUCAAACGGCAGACCUUCUUCCAUGGAACAACUUUUGAUCUCGCCCUGCUGCAGCGGCAGCCUGUGGAGGUGAUUCUGGAGCUGAGAGAGAGACCAGACCGAGCCGCCAAAGCUCGACGAGGACUCACUUUGUCUCUGCAGCCUCUUAAGGGCUUUGACUAUGAUGCACUACUCAGCCCCCCAGCCACACCAGACACACAGCUGGAUGCCGAAAAACAAACCCACACAACUGCACCCUUUCCCGGCCCAGCACUCCCUCUGCUGUCUCCUCAGGAAAAAGGUCCACGCAGAGAAGUAUUUGUGUGACGGACUUUGCGUUUACUGUAUGAUUACUUACACGCUAAAGGUAAAGGCCUACAUAAAUGUACUUCUGCACACUUUUUCACCCUUACACACAGGUGUUGUGCACCUUGUAAUGUCUUAUUUAGCAAAAGCCAAAUUAUCCAAUUAUGACUUAAUUGGAUCUAUAGUUUAGAAGGGAAUGAUUCAGCUGAGUAAAAAAACACCAC